AUGGCGUCUCCAAAAGUACCCAUCAUCAUCGGUGUCGGGGAGAUCAAAAACCCUUCUAGACGCAAAGAAGAUGCUAUCGAGCCCUUGCAUCUGAUGCUUGCUGCAGCUAGAGAAGCGCUAUCGGAUGCUUCCAGCUCUGACAAGGCCACGCUUCUCUCCAGCAUCAACAGCGUGAGCGUUGUGGCGAGCUCGACGUGGCCGUACAAGAAUCUCCCAACCCUUGUGUGUCAAGGAUUAGGCGUUGAAGCUUUCCAUACAACCUACAGCGCUUUAGCUGGAAGCUCAUCCGUGCAGUUGAUUGAUGAUACGGCUCGGCUCAUUUCAACUGGCGAAGUGGAGGUUGGAAUCGUCGUGGGAGGGGAGGCGAUGGCGUCAUUCCCAUCCAAUUUCUUUAGGAUUAGCAACGCUUACUUCCCCAUCACAGGUGUUGGAAAAAUUCAUCGAGUAGGAGUUCCGAUGCAUGUCUACGCAAUGUAUGAGAACGGUCUGCGUGCCCAGCGAGGUCAGCAGCUCGUUGAAAACCUCGAGGAAUCGGCUUCCUUGUACGGGCGAUAUGCCGAAAUUGCGUCCAGACAUCCGACAGCGUGGAACUAUGGAAAGCAACCUCACACGGCGAAUACUAUAGGCACAAUCACUGAAAAGAAUAGAAUGAUCUGCCACCCUUAUCCAUUGCUCAUGAAUGCAUUCAAUGAUGUGAACAUUGCUGGUGCAUGUCUUUUGACCAACACAGAGUAUGCGCAACGAAUGGGCAUCCCACGCGAGAAAUGGAUAUAUCCCUUAGGAGGAGGAAGAGCAGAGGACUCAAACGACUUCUGGGACCGUCCCAAUUUUUACUCCAGUCCAGCGAUUGCGACUGCUCUUGACUCGUGUCUGAGUUCAUCGGGUCUGCAUCAAGAUCAAAUCGAUCUGUUCGAUUUCUACUCGUGCUUUCCAGUUGUUCCAAAGCUGGCAUGCAGUCAUUUAGGUAUCUCCUUCGACAAUCCGCCAAAGCCAAUCACCCUCAUCGGCGGGUUGACCUCUUUUGGAGGCGCAGGCGCAAAUUAUUCCAUGCAUGCUGUUGCAGAAAUGGUCCGUCAACUACGAAAGCUGCAUGGUAAUGCCGGGCCCUCCAACGGCUUGCUUCUAGCCAACGGAGGUGUCCUGACCACGGAAAAUGCGAUUUGCGUCUCAACGCACCCCCGCAAAGCUAGCGAUCCGUAUCCACGCGAAGACAUGGUACUGUCUCGCUCGGUCCAGUUGGCUCCGUCUAUUGCCAUGGACGUACAAGGGGAAGUCGUCAUCGAGACAUAUACCGUGGAAUACGACCGGCAGAACCAACCACGGAUGGGCCAUAUAGUGUGCCUACUGAAGGUUGAUGGAAGGCGUGUCAUUGCAAAUCAUGGUGAUCCAGCGACGUUGGAGCAACUCGCAAGCUGGACCGAGGAGCCUAUCGGGCGAAGUGGAUAUAUCUGGCCGUCCUCUUCAGGGUCAGGUCAAAAUUUGUUCUACUUCCGACGGAAUGAUAGACUGUAG